CACGACGGCCCUGUCGUCAUCUACGAGCCCCACUCGUCCGACACUUUCAACUACCAGGGAUACCCACUUUGGAACGAGAACAUCCCGACCGCCUGUGCCAGAGUGGAAGCCCUCCGAUCUCACGGCUACCGUCAAGAAGCCCUCCGUUUGGCCGUCUCUAUAGUGAGAACACUAAAGAAACAUCAGUCCGACUGUCAGAAUAUGUGUCACUCAGACCAACCGAAACCCGGCGGUUCCACUUCGACGACAACACAUUCCCAUUCAGUCCACUGUAAUAACGAGGGAUGGAUUGGACACCCACUCGAUCCAAUCGGUUCCUUAUUCGACACAUUAGCCGAAGUCUCACUCACUCCUGAGUGCAAGUCUUUGGAUACAUAUUACGGCUCCUUUACGACUGAGAUCUCAAACAAUACUACUAAUAACACAAACAACACUAAUAACAGUCAAAUGACAUCAAUAUUACACGAAGACUCGAUCGCCAAUAAUAACACGAAUCUAUCGGUUUCGGUGGUUAGAGAGAGGCCUCGAUAUCAGCACAUAGUAGUGCCCGGGACUCGAGACCGAAGUGAAACCUAUUUGACAUUAGCCAUGGAAUCGGGUCUAAUAGGUUUGGGUCAACAGCGCCUAAUGCCCGCCGGCUUUUACGCACAGGAGAAGGCCUGCAAACAAGAGGACCGAAUGAUUGCCAAAUUGCAAGACAUCGAACUCGACUCCACUUUAUUAUCAGUUCUCAGGAGACAAACGAUGACACUUCUGGACGGCGGACCCUUCAGUGGUUUAGGGACUGGUAUUCACCCGGAAAGUGUUCCAAUGCAUACAUUUGCCAAAUAUUUGUUCAACGCUUUACUUAAUUUUGAUCACGACUUGUCAUACAAUGUCGGCUUAAGAGCCAUGAGGCUUCCAAUACUCGAAGAUCACGACGAUAUCGACGACAAUAGCAUUGGUAUUCACGGCGGGGUAUUGGGUCGGUAUCCUCGAUGGUUCACAUUAGCGCACAUAGAGAUGCAACAGUGCUCUCUGGCCUCCACGAUGUUGUCUGCGGCCAGAAGUGAUAUCAAUCGCUUGCGAUCAGUGCUGAAGUCAUCGCAACGUAAUAUUCACAGUUCAACUCAACUCUUUAAGUUAGCUCAGGACGCCUUCCGAAUCGCGGCACCGGUAGACGGAGGGCCCAGACAUGGACACCUCCUCACGGCAUCGUUCGAGUUAGGCCUACAAGUGAUGCGAAUGACGCUGUCGUCGUUGAAUUGGCGCCGACGUGAUAUGGUUAGAUGGCUGGUCACGUGCGCCACCGAAGUAGGUCUCGACGCCCUUAUAUCGAUUAUGCAGAGCUGGUACGGCCUCUUCACACCCACGGAGGCUACCGGUCCAGUGGCCAGUUCGAUAAUGUCUCACUCGACGGUCAUGCGGUUGUCACUCGACUUCAGCCAACAGGAGGAGCUGUCGACGUGCGCCCGAACGCUAGCCCUCCAGUGCGCCACUAAAGACCCGCCCAAUUGUGCACUCAAUGCGCUGACCCUUUGCGAGAGCGAUCAGCACGCCUUUGAAGCUGCCUAUCAAAUAGUAGGCGACGCCGGCUCUACGGGUGUGAUGAACAGCUCACAACUGUUUACUGUGGCCCGAUAUAUGGAGCACAGGGGUUACCCCGUCCGUGCCUACAAACUGGCCGUCUUGGCCACGAAAGGGGUGCACAUCUCAUACAACGGCGAUAACCACCCGUCGAUCAAUGACGUGCACUGGGCCUGUGCUCUGGCGCACGGGUUAGGCAAGAAUGAGUUGUCAGGUGUGGUGCCCCUCCUCGUCAAGAACGUCCAGUGCGCUCCUGUCCUGUCAGACAUUCUCAGA